CAAAAAGAACCAAAUGAAAAUCAAAAGCCCCACUCUGAAAUACUGAGAGAAAGAAAGUAAGAUACAGAGGCGAAAAUGUCGACCGCCAUCUUCUUCAUCGCCGUUCAGUGUUGUCAAUGCUCCACCAUGCAGGUGAAGCAGAGGAGGAAGAACAGCAAAAGCAACAAAUGGACAUGCGUGGUCUGCAACCAGAAGCAAUCGAUCCGAAACGUAUUCGCUCAAGGCCCCAUGGCCAAGGACCUUCGCCUCUUCGUCCAGUCCUUCAACAUGUCCCACCAAUUCACCGACGCCUCAUCGGAUCUUAUUACGCCAUCGGAGCAACCGUCGCCGCCGCCUACGGCCGAGGCGGACUGCAAGAGGCAGCGAAUCGAUUGGACCGAGUUUCUCGAUUCGGAUGAGGAAAUUGGUCGAAACACCGAACGAGAAGAUCGAACGGGGUUUGGAGAUGAACUGGAGAUUGUUACGGAAUUGCCGAUGGGAUUUUUCAAGAGAGCAAAGCUGAAUGAAAAAGAUGGUAGGGAGUUGGAGAAUGGUGGAUAUGGGGAUAAGCUUCUCAAACCUGUUUUCUCCGAGAGAAAUCUCAAUAUUCAAUCUCAAGAUAAGGAGAAGCCAAUGAUGCAUCAUGACUUGGAAACCUCCAUGGAUGAUACCUCAAAAUUGAGUCAUAAAAGAAGAGAAGGUGACCAAAAGACAAGAACAAAGGAAAAGGGAAGAGAGUCUUCUUCCAAAUGGAGUAGCUACUUAAUCGAAGACGACGAAGUCUCGCCAUGUGGAAAUGCAGGAAAAUUGGAAGAGAAUUCUGGGAACUGGGGCGAUAAUAUCUUUCAGACAUUGACAAAUGAGGAAAGAGUAGAGGAUGAUGAGAUCCACCCUGAUUUUCUUUGAACUUGUCUUUGUUGGCUUUUAGAUUUUUUCUUUGUAUAGAACCCUUCUUUUGUACAAGCCACAGGGCACAGCCAUUGGUUUAUUUUAUCACAUUGUAAAACAUUAUUAUCAAAACUAUAUUUUGGGUUGUGCAUGGCUUUUAGGAAAUGUGGUUUAAAUUAAAUAAAAGAAGUAUUAGAUUAGAGUAUUAAGUUCAAUCACAUGCUCAGCUAUAGAAAACUCACCUUGUAAAAUGAAACUUUGAAAUACAAUUAAUAGUUUACGAGAUUACAGGCUAGCAAUUAUACAAUUUGUAUAUUUUUUUUAUGUACUUUAAGAAUGUGCAUAAUAUUACUAAUAACAAAAUUAAAAGAAAAAAAGAAAAAUUAGGAAUUCCCGUGCAAGAUCACCUAUACAUAACAAAAAUGCUAUUACUAAGAAAAACAUUAAUUGUAUAAAAGAAAUGGGACUUGAUUUUAUUAAAAAAAACUUGAAAAAACAUAAAAGAAAACAUUUUUCCAAAAUUUUAUACAAAAAAAAAAUACAAAAAGUAAAAGUUUCUUAGAGAAAGAAUUAAUUCAAAGAGCAUUUAAGACAUUUUUCAAACAAUACAUGUGAAC